AUGGCUCACGUUACGCUGAGUGAUGGCUUGGCCAUCUGGCAACUCGUUUACUACGCUGUGGCUCUCAUCUGCAGCAUAUUUGUAUCUUUUCGACACGGGCUGGCACGGAGUUCCGGUUGGAUCUUUCUCACGAUAUUCAGCAUCAUACGUGUCGUUGGAUGCUCUGCGCAGAUUGCAACGAUAACUGCCACGUCGGAUACUGCCGAGACGAUUGCUACCAUACUUGGCUUCUUGGGUCUGUCGCCGCUCUUACUGGCCACAUUGGGCAUUUUAUCCCGAGUAUACUAUUAUCUCCUUAAGCGACCGUACAACAUUGUUUUCAAUUUAUUUGUGGCAAGAAUAGUCCAAAUACCAGCUGUUGUCGCCCUCAUCCUCUGUAUUGUUGGUGCAACCUCGGCAGAUACUCCAGCAGACAUUAUGACCCAGGAUACGGUAAAGGAUGGAGUGAUUGUGUACCUGGUAGUCUUGAUUCUCCUCAUCCUGCUGACGAUAGGCGCCUAUAUUACGCGCCGUGUCACAGAACGGCGUGGAGAGACUGCAAUGCUGGUCAUCAUAACAUUAUCACUACCGUUCCUCCUUGUUCGCAUAAUCAACUCGCUUCUUCUCAUAUUCGACAAAAACUUCCAAAAUUCGACAGCAGAGGGAUCAACAUCAGCUGUGCUCGCAGAAUUUUUCAUGGCAAGAAUCGAGGAGAUGAUUGUCGUUUUCUUGUAUUUGUAUGCUGGCCUUACGCAUCAAGCCGUGCCGGAAAAAGAGCAUGGCGAACGAACUAAUAAAGAAAAGCUCGCGCAUCGGGCUGCGAGGGGAGAUUUUGGCAACGGCAGGCUGGGGGUGAUAUCCCUGGCAAUUGCAACUGCCAGCGCAAGCUUCAAGGGAGGCAAUGAUGGGCAUAAUCGGGAUGAACAAGACACUGAAAUUGGGCUGGUACAGUGCCGCACGGCAAGAUAA